AUGGAACGAAUAAAAUCGUACCUCAACCCCCUCGAUUUCCUACUGUGGCUGUCUGAAGAGCUUGAUUCGAGUGACUGGGAGCAAUGGGAGAAGGACUGUACCAGCAGCAGCAGGAUCGGGGAUGACGUCUUUGGAGAAGUUGUCCGGACUAGUUGGUUCAGUUGGUUUGCUUCCUUCGUCGUUCACCUCUUAGCAUAUACAUCUGUUUUGAACGCGUUCUACACGUUCUGGCGCAAACGCCAUUAUCGGCUGUUCGAAGCAUCGAUAGAUACCGCUCCGGCCACGCCGUCUGCGCAUCGAGUACCAGUGAACUCGUCGCCCAUGGUUUCGCCACCGUUGCGAGUUUUAUCCAAGAUGAUGUCAACUGGGUCGGCGGAAGCAAGAGCACAUCCGAGCGCAGAGCAGGACGUUUGGGAGAUAGGAAUGUGGGAUCCCCGCCCGCUGUCUCUUCGACUCUUCUGUCUAUUCAGUCCAGGCCAUGUCAUGAUAUAUUGUCUUUUCCUUCCCACCUCCCCAGCAGACCCGCGACCUAGUGUUACGAUUGUCACGACCCUAUUCCUCGCGUUGCUCUUAACUGUGCAAAUGUCGAUGCUAUCAGCAUCCUUUGCGCAGCAGGCGAAAGACUCGAGAUUAGUCCACAAAGAAGUGUUGAACGAAUAUGACACAAAAUUUGUCCGCCCUCGAACACAUCCCAUUAUGCGCAGCGUUGCAACUCAACACUCCGAAGAAAUGUCCUACAACCCAAAUUUAGACGAGGCUUACAACACUGUGAAAUACGGUCUUAUACGAUUGAUCAACGAGGAGGAGGAUUUGUGUACGGAGAUCACAAAUGUGGAUUUGUCAUGUCCUCUGGAGAAGGGACCCAUGAAUGUUUCCAAGGAGGUUUUGCUGCCAAAGGAGAUUCCACCUGGAACGUACACUGUCUAUGCCGAUGCGAAUACUGAGGAGAAGGAACGGAUAACCUGCCUCAAGGCCGAGGCUAUGGUCUCGCCAACUGCUUGUUUUGUCCUGCCUAUUUCACCCAUGCAACGUAUCUCGAUAAUGUCAUCGCAAACGGCCCGAUAUGGCCCCUGCUCAACCAAAACCCCAGCAGGAGUGAUUCACGCCUCACCUCAACCUAAAGGAUAUUGA